AUGCAUAGGUUUGAAGAUGUUAAAGAAGGGCCAAUACCUCGAGAAAUCAUGGAAUUUAUGCGAAGUGAGUAUGGAUGCGAGAUCUCCUACCAACAUGCUUGGGAUGCGCGUGAAUAUGCAGUUAGUGUUGCUAGAGGAAUUCCAGAAAAAGGUUACGGCAAAAUUCCCAAAUAUUUGCACAUGUUGAAACAAGCUAAUCCGGGUACGCAUACUCAUUUCGAAACUGAUUCCGAUAAUAGAUUCAAAUAUCUAUUUAUUGCUUUCGGCCAGUCGAUUAGAGGUUUCUAUAGAGCUAUGCGUAAGGUUAUUGUUGUUGAUGCGUUAGAUGGUGACUCCAGCUUGUAUCCAAUAGCAUUUGGGGUUGUUGAUUCUGAGAAUGAUCGGUCUUGGGAGUGGUUUUUCAGGCAGCUAUUGGUCGUUAUAGCUGAUGGGCAAGGUGUAGCUUUUUGUACAAAGGGUUUGGUUGGUUUAAUUGCAAAAGCGUCAAAAGAAUAUAGGGUAUCUGAAUUUGAGAGGCGAUUCAAUGAUAUUCGCAACAUAAGUCCGCUCGUUGCGAAAUACUUGAUGGAGGCUGGUGUGGAAAAGUGGGCGCGAUGCAAGUUUUCUGGAUUCAGAUAUGACAUUCGAACCACUAACCCAGCUGAGUCGAUGAAUUCUGUUCUGUUAGCACCCAGAGAGUUUCCUGUCAUUCCUUUGUUGGACAGCAUCAGAGAAAUGUUAACCAAAUGGAGGAUUGAGAAGGGUAAAUCACUCCGUGUUCAUCCAGUUAGCUUGAAUCGAUUUUUGGUUAGAGGAGACAAAUUCGAUUGUGUAGUUGACUUGGAGCUAAGGACGUGUACUUGUGGGAAGUACACACUGUUAAAAAUCCCUUGCAGACAUGCCAUCAAAGCUGGUUUUUCGGUGAACAAGGAACCACACACACUUACUGAUGCAAGGUAUACCACUGCCGUAUGGAGAAUAGCUUACGAAGAAAGCAUUAAUCCAAUAGCCGUUCCAGAGGAUGCAUGGGUCGUCCCAUUGGACAUUGAAAAUUCCAAAGUUCUUGCACCAGAAACACGGAGAGCAGCUGGUAGACGACGCAAGCGAAGAUAUGAGACGGUGGAAGACGACACAAGAGAGGGACAUGUGACAUGCCUAUCUAGGCAUCUUGUAGAUGGUUCCUCUGAUCUUGUUGCAUCGAUGGGUGGAGCACUUGGAGCCGGUGCUCCUAUCUUACUUGUCAACGCAGCAACAGAAGUCUCUAAACCCUCAAUUUUCCCUUGA